UUCCUUGCUAACUUCUUUUCUGCACAGCAGCAAGAUGUCAGAGGUAGAAAACACUUUCCGUAAAUUUGCGGUAUACGGUGAUACAUCUGCCAGUGGCAACAACAUGACAGGGAAGAACUUCUCCAAGAUGUGCAAAGAGUGUGCUGUGAUGGAUGGGAAAGCUGUGACCAGCACUGACAUUGACAUCGUAUUCAACAAAGUCAAGACAAAGGGUGCCCGCACCAUCACCUUUGCUGAGUUCCAGCAGGCCAUGAAGGAGCAGCACUUCAAGUGCAAAUCACCAGAGGAAGCGCUGCAGGCUGUGUAUGGCCUCAUUGAGGGGAAGGAGCCCAGAAGUAUGGGAGCCACGAAAGCCACCAAGGUUGGUGGGGUCGAGAGGCUGACAGAUACUAGCAAAUACACAGGCAGCCACAAAGAGCGUUUUGAUGAGAGUGGCAAAGGGAAGGGUCUUGCUGGCCGCCAGGAUCUGACGGACAACAGUGGCUACGUUGGAGCCUACAAGGGAGCUGGCACGUAUGACCAGACACACUAGGACUGAAACUGCAUAAGGACACCAGGACUUUUCCCCUAUAACAUGAGAGGAGAGGCA